ACUCCUCCCUCCUCACCCUGUCUCCUAUAUUCUUCUGAAAUCUUGAUCUCCAACUUGGCCAGACUGGACAAUGCCUCCCAACCUCACCGGCUACUACUGCUUUGUCUCUCAGAAGAACAUGGAGGACUACCUGCAAGCCCUAAACAUCAACGUGGCUCUGCGGAAGAUAGCGCUGCUGCUCAAGCCAGACAAGGAGAUUGACCAUCAGGGCAACCACAUGAUAGUGAAGACCCUCAGCACCUUUCGCAACUACAUUCUAGAAUUCGAGGUGGGAGUUGAGUUUGAGGAGGACCUAAGGAUUGUGGAUGGACGAAAAUGCCAGACCGUAGUAACCUGGGAAGAGGAGCAGCUGGUCUGUGUGCAGAAAGGGGAGGUGCCUAACCGAGGCUGGAGGCACUGGCUGGAAGGAGAGACGUUGUACCUGGAACUGACUGCGAGGGAUGCAGUAUGCAAGCAGGUCUUCAGGAAGGUCAAGUAG